AUGUCUGGUUCUUUUUGGAAAUUUAGUAAUGGGUUUACCUCAUUAUCUAAUAUAUCUACAUUACUUGAAAAUCAUUCGAUCAAUAUUGAAUCUGGUGAUCCUCAAUCAAAUAAUUUUAACGUGCUUAUGAAAUUACUAGAUGAAAAUGACUUAUUACAAGAAUUAUUAUCAAAUAACUCCCUAUUAUUAGAAUUCUUACGUGAAGAAGAAGUCUUGAGUAUACUAGUUGAUUUAGUCAUCCAUGAAGGUGCUUCUCAAGAUGAAAUCAUUAAAAAAUUUAACGAUUUAAAUAUUAAUGAUAAAGAUGAUGAGAAAAACGACAACGAUAAUACUUCAAAAACAAAUGAUGAUGCCAAUGAUGAUGAUUCUAAAACUGAUGAUAAAAAUGUUUCUAGCUCUACUGAUAAAAUUGAUACUAACGAAGAAAAUUCCUCAAAGAGUAAUUCAGAUAAAAGUGAUGACACUGAUGAUGAAAAUGAACCAGAAGAAGAAGAAGAUGAUGAGGACGAUGAUGAAAAUGAAACUGAAGAAGAGAAGAGAACUCGUUAUGCUACAUUAGCUGCAGAAAUAUUGAGUGCAGAUGUCUGGUCAUUGACUGAUACUGUUAUGGAAUCUACCGAAAACUUAAAUAAAUUAUGGGCUAUAUUAGAUAACGAUAGCCCUCUUUCUAUCAAUUUAUCAACAUAUUUCAUGAAAAUUAUGGAGCAUUUGUUGGAUAUGAAAUGCGAAGAAAUGAUUACUUACUUAAUUGAUAAUCAACCUUGUUUAGUUCAAAAAUUCAUGAAUAAUUUAUCAAAUCCUCCUUUGAUGGAUUUUCUCUUAAAACUUAUAUCCACUGACAAGCAAGAUAAUGCCACCGGAAUAAUUGAUUUCCUUCAAAAUCAAGAUUUGAUAACAUACUUGAUAAAUUCUCUUGAUAUAACCAAUAGUCCAGAUAUUGAUUAUGAUAUCUUAUUGGUUAGACAGUCUUCGGCCGCCGAUUUUUUAAAAGCUUUAAUCACGAUCUCUGCUAAUUCAACAACUGAUAACUCAACCAUUGGUCCUAAUGAACUUACAAGAGAAUUGGUUUCCUAUGAUCAAAUGAAUCGUUUAUGUAAUAUAAUGUUAAAGGGUGGUUAUGCCUUAGCAAAUGGUGUUGGUAUUAUUAUAGAAAUCAUCAGGAAAAAUAACUCUGAUUACGAUAUUUUACCAGUGUUAUAUAUCACUUUAGAAAGUCAUCCCCCAACUGGUAGAGACCCUAUAUAUUUAGGACAUUUAUUAAAAGUUUUCGGUGAUAAGAUAGAUGACUUUAAUAAAUUAUUAGUUGAUUUUGGUGGUGAUGAAAAACCAAGUUUGAAAACUCCCUUUGGUGUCAUUGAACCUUUGGGUUUCGAGAGAUUUAAAAUUUGUGAAUUAAUUGCUGAAUUAUUGCAUUGCUCUAAUAUGGCUCUUUUAAAUGAUAACAAGGGUUUCGAUGUUGUGAAAGAAAGAGACUUAUUAAGAGAUAAAAUGAAAGAAUAUGAUCCUAUAAGUUUUAAAUAUAAUGAAGUUAUUAUCUUACCUAAUAACGAAGACGAUAAUACAGAAAGCAGUGAUAAGAAUGAUUCAACCGAUGGUAAUAAUCAGAGGAAAUCAGCCAACAACGAGGAUGAAGAUUAUGCAAAUGAUACAAUUGAUUCGUUCAACUCGAGACUACAUCAAGAAGACGAGGCUUUUGGUCAACCAAAUCAUUUUUCAAAUGAUGAUGAAGCUGAAGAACCUCAUGCGAAUGCAAACUUAUCCGAAGAUCAAAUCAGAUCAAAACCAGUUAUUGGUGAUUUCUUGAAAAUUGCAUUAUUUGAUACGCAAAUAAUUUCCAAUAUUUUAGCGAUGUUUUUCAAGUUUCCUUGGAACAAUUUCUUACAUAAUGUUGUAUUUGAUAUCGUUCAACAAGUCUUAAAUGGCUCAAUGGAUAUCGGGUUCAAUAAGUUUUUAGCUAUCGAUUUGUUUAAUAGAGGCGAUAUCACCAACAAGAUCAUCGAGGGUCAAACUUUAUGCUCAGAAUAUGAAGCCAAACAUAAUGGUUUAAGAUUGGGAUUCAUGGGUCAUUUAACUCUUAUUGCGGAAGAAGUUGUCAAAUUCAUCCAACUUUAUCCUGUCAAUAGUUUAAGUGAAAUAAUAGACCAAAAGAUUGAAGACGAAGUUUGGUCAAAUUAUGUCAGCCAUGUUUUAUAUGAUACGAGAGAAAAAUAUAAUGCAAUUUUAGGUGGUGAGGAAGAAGAAGAAUCUUCUCAAACUUUUGAUGAAGGAAGUGGCGACAUCAUUGAAGCCGAUGAUCUCCAAUCUGAUUUACUAUAUGACCCAAAAGAAUACCAUGAUAUUGUGGAGACUGGGCAUGAUGAUAAUUCAGAUAGUGGUGAGAAUCAUGACCAUCAGGAAAUAAUUGAUGAGAAAGAUGAACCUGAGGAUGAAGAAUCCGAUUUAGCUGAGAACAAAGCAAUAUUCACAAACAAACCACCGAUGAAGGAAGAAAAUGAUGAUGAAGAAAUAAAAUCAAAAAAGGCUGAGACAAACAAGUCGAAUUCCAGCGACGAAUCAGAAUCUGAUGAUGAUGAUCAUUUCACCACUUACAUGACCCAGCAGUUAACCAAUACUGCAUCCAUUACUCCAUCGGUCACCAAAGUUACCCAUGAGGAUAAUAAAAUUAUCAAUGAAGACAAUAAAAAGGAAGAAUCAAAGAGUCAGUUUCCUGAGUCCUAUGAUUCGCAACCGUUUCAAGAUGAAUUUGAUGAUGAAUAUAUUGAUCCAAAUGAUGAUGGAUUGUCAUAUAAGAAAUCAAAUCCUCUUUAUGACUCAGAAGGGACAUUGAAGACUCAUUCUGAUUUGUCAAUUCUGGAUCCUCAUUCGGUGGAUGAGGAUGAUUUGUCAUCAAGUUCAAGUUCGUCGGAUAACGAAGAUGGUGUGCUUCUUGAUUAUGAAGAAGAUUUUCCUCGUGAGGAUGGACAUAAAUUAACCAGAGCCGCUAGUAAAGGUUAA